AUGGACUCCAUCCUCAACUGGUCAGCGCCCAACCUGGAGCCAGCCUUCCAGCGGUUGUGGACAGAUGCUGGGUCCAACAUUGCGACCUUAGCCGACCCCGAGCAAAGCUGGCAGCGCAAAGUCCUCUUCGCGCUGGUUGCCAUUUUCAUCGUCCACACCAUUUGCACGAGCAUCUAUCGGCCCUUGACGUUCCUAUACGAGUCUUACUUUGAAAUCGUCAAAGGAGGGCAGUAUUACAACCACGUUGCAAAAUUACACGAACAGUACGGACCUCUCAUCCGUGUCAGCCCGCAUGAAGUCCACUGGAACGACCCCGAGUUCAUCGACCAGGCCUAUCCGACCACUUUAAGGAAGACGGAUAAGCCUGUAUGGGUCGCUCAAAGAACGGGCACCCCUUACUCUAUCGUGUCCACCCCAAGCCAUGACCUGCACCGUCGCCGGCGCAAUGCUCUCAACUCCUUUUUCUCUGUCGCUAGUGUUCGCCGCCUCGAGCCCAUCCUGAAGACUUACAUGCAGAAGAUGAUGACGCGCCUGGAGACGUCUGGCAAAGCUGAAAAAGUCGUUGAACUCCACCGCGUGUUCAAGGCUUGUGCAAGCGAUAUCAUCACUCUCUAUGCUUUUGGCGACAACAUGGGCUAUAUGGACUCUCCUGACUAUGGCAAAGACUUCCAAGAGUCCACCGAGUGGUUCUUCUACCUUACGCACAUCUUUGGCCUGGUCCCGUGGCUCGUGCAAUAUGCCCAAAAUGCGCCCGUCUGGCUCGUGCGGCUCUGUUUCCCCGUCUUGACUGCACUGCGCGAGCGGCAAGACUGGUGGAUUAACAAGGUCCGCGAAAUCCGAGCCUCCAAAAACCCAGAGCGAGUCAAGAGCACCGUGUUCGAAGGCAUCCUGAACAGCUCCCUGCCGGCGGAGGAGAAGACCGACAUUCGAUUAGCCAGCGAAGCCCAGCUGAUUGUCUUUGCGGGCGAGGGAACCACUGGUCACCCACGCGCUGAUGUGCGCCGUGUUCCAUCUGCUCGCGAACCCGGAAGAGCUCGCCAAACUGAAGAAAGAGCUCAGCGAGGCCAUACCGGAUCCGACCAACAUCUCCGUUGCGCAAGUCGACAGCCUGCCGUAUCUGGGCGCGAUCAUUUCCGAGAGCGUGCGUUUGCACCCCGCGUGAUGAACCGCCAAGUGCGAAUGAACCCCGACGUCCCGAUCGUGUACGACAACCCGGUCGACGGCAAGCAAUACAUCAUCCCGCCGAACACCAUCUACAGCAUGUCGCCGCUGGAAACGCACAUGAAUCCGAAGGCCUUUGGUGCUGAUCCGUACGCGUUCCGUCCACAGCGCUGGAUCGAACAGCCCAAGCUCUCCAAGUACUUCCUUGGCUUCUCCCGCGGCACGCGAGGCUGUGUUGGCAUGACGCUUGCUCGUCGCGAAAUGGCGAUGACGUUGGCGACGCUCUUCACGAAAUACGACCUCUAUCGCGGCCAGUCGGGGCCCACGCUGGAACUCUACGACACGUACCGAUCGAGGGACAUUGAUGUGAAUGCAGACUACAUUAUCCCGAUCCCCGCCAAGGGCAGCAAGGGUCUGCAGGUCAAAAUUCGCAACUAA